AUGUGUAAUUUAGGCAGCCAUUACUUGUGGACAAAAAUAGUCGUGCAGCCGGGCCCUGGGCCAGGUGACGUCAGCGCGCCAGGGCCGCGGCGGGGCAAGACGGGCCCCGCGCCAGUGUCGCGCGCGCCGUCAGUCUGGCCGCACGCCGCCUCGCUGCCCGCGCCCGCACCGCCGCCUGCUCCUGACGCCAGCCGCCUGUCGCCGCCUCCGACGCCACCACUCACCCUCCGCUCCCGACGCACCACCCUCAUGGUACGGAAAUACGAAAGAAUGAGUGGACGCCAAUCCUGGAGCGAAGAAGAAAUGGCAAAAGCCGUGGCAGCCGUGGUGUCUGGCAAAAUGGGUUACAAACUCGCCGCCAGAACCUACCACAUACCACGAUCUACACUCCAAAGGCGAGCUAGUAAAGUACGCUAUCAGCAACCCGAUGACCCCAAGCCACUAAUGGGACACUACAGACGUGUAUUCACAGAAAGUCAAGAAAAGGACUUGGUCGGGUAUAUUAAGAGUAUGGAAAAAUUUUUCAUGGGCGUUUCCAGAAGAGAUAUUAGAGAGCUUGCAUUCCAAUAUGCCGAAGACAACAAUCUGAACCACCCUUUUGAUGUCAAUACUCGGAUGGCAGGUGAAGAUUGGGUAAGGAACUUUUUGAAAAGAAAUCCAGAGCUGCUCCACAAAUCAGAAAAAGAUUAUGAGCUGGAACCGGUUAACUUCGAUCAGUUCUACCACUUUAUGUGUCAAUCAUCAUGAUCGCUAGCGCACAGGCUACUUAGUCCUAAUGAAGGUCACGGUGAAGCCCACCUAACGGAACCUCAAAGUUAUAAUAAUUGUGUACAAUACAGUAGGUAACAAUCCAAGCUGGUGAUUUACCUACGGGUUAGGAUAAUUGUAACUUAAAAACGGAAUUACGAAAAACACGUAGAUAAUUUUUUUAAGACUUAAUUGAAUACGCUCCACAAAUAAUAUGUAGGUAAUUAAAAUAUUUAAAUUAAAAGAGCCUAGCUCUGAUGAUAUUUAUAGCCAAUAGAUUUUUUAUUAAUGAUAUUCCAUUCUUUUAACUACUUAAUUAGAAAGUAAAAAUAAUUGAGUACUUAUGGAAUCUAACAUUCUAUAGUUGUCUCUUGUUUAUAGUUUAUAUUCUGUUAUUUAAUACUAAUCGGUUAAUGGGCUGUGAUAAUGGAGUUGGUGUAAUUAAGGGAACAUAUCAAAGGAAAAGGUAUAUAUACAAUGUAUAGAGUAUAAUAUGGAAUGACACGUUUUUCCAAAUUUUGUUAUUUUAUUAUAUAAAAGAAACUCAUUAUCCAUGCAACAAGAUGUAUGAUAAAUUAUAACCACCAAAUAGAAAUAUAUAUUUCGUUAAAUUAUUUUUUAAAUGAAUAUUUGCUAUUAUUUUGUUAUACAAUAACAAUACUUUAUAUAUUCAGCUCUUAAGCAAUGUCGCCUUACAUAUAAGCGUUGUAUGCUGUUAAGACACGUGGCGUUGGACAAACCAAUAAAAACCGCAGCAUCUACUCGAAGUUAAAGUAGCCUUAUCAGCAUUCAACCAAUAUGCGUACGCGCAAUAUUUGCGCUAUUUUUGUUCGAUUAACGGUUGUUAUUUCAACACGUCACUAAUUUGGGCUAGUUCUGUAAUAAUACAAAUGUACAUUGUAAUAUAACUAAGAAUUGUGAUAAUGGUGAUCGGUGAUAGUAGAGGGAAAGUUAUAGUAAAUUCAUUUAUUAAUAAAUACAUUAAAGAAUGUAAGAGAUAUUUUUAUAAUUUAAAUAGGAAAGUGACGAUGUUCCUUUCAUUUUACGACCUACAAAAUUGUUGUUACCUGAUUUAUGUUUUGAUCUCUUGAAAACUAGUUUUAAUGAUUAAUUUCUAUUAAAUAUUGUUCUAAGUCAUCUUUCCAUUCGUGUGUGAGAAAACAAAAACAAAUUUUCGAAUGCCAAACUACGUUGUUAUUUGAGAUUUAUAUUUAAUUUGACUAUU